GAAAAAAAGAUUGGUUGAAUGAAUUACUCCACUUUGUUAGACAUUGGAAGUUUUGUAUGAUUUGAUAAGAAAGAGUGUUUAUAUAUAGAAUAAUAGUGUGUUUUGGUAGACAGCCACACAGAUAGAGACAGACUGAGAUAGUUGAGAAGGAAAAAAUGAGUGAGAGAGGAAAGGGGAUAGAGAGGGAGAUGUUUGAGCAUUGGAGCCACGAGCAUCCACUUUGUUUGGUGGAAACUCGUGGAUGAGAAUACUGUUAUGGUUGUGAAGAUCGGUUUAGCAGCGGAGAGCAAGCUUAUGGAUGCAGCAUCACUGGAUGUGCCUACUCAAACUUAUUACACGAAGAAUGUGCAACGAUGGCCAGAAAGAUACUACAUCCAUCGCACCACCCUCACCACAUACUCAUCCAACAACACGAACCAGAUUUAUAUACUUGUUUUAUCUGUGAAAGGAUUAUUUGGAGCAUUGGUUACAAAUGUACAUGCUCUGAAUGUGAGUUCGAGAUGCACUUGAGAUGCUCGCAAAGUGAUGGGCUGAUCAAUGCAGUAGCAGCAGACGAUGGCGUUGAGCAAAUGCGCGACAUUAUACGCCAUCCAAGUCAUCCAGACCACGAAAUGAAGUUGUGGAGAAGAAGGUGUAGCUUCAACUGUGAUGCCUGUGGCACCACGCGCAAGGGGAGUUCGUACACAUGUACUGUAGAUGCUUGCCAGUAUUGGAUCCAUGAGAGAUGUGCUUCAUUGCCUCAGAAUUUGAAAAGGGAAGACCAUCAUCACUCUCUUUCUCUCUCUUUUCAUGUCCCACUUGAGUAUAUGAGAUUUGACUACAGAUGUGAUGUGUGCACCAGAAUUCUGCUGCCCAAAAAUUGGAUAUAUCAUUGUCAAAUUUGUAGAUAUAUUGUUCACAUCAAGUGUGCCUUCAACAAGCCGCCUCGCAUCAUUGAAAAUAUUGGGAAAGACGUUAUUCAUCUUCCAGCGAAUGAGGUAGCCGAGGAACUAAUUACACCGUUUGUGAUGAGGCAGAGAGGAGGAGAAGGAGGAACAUUCAUCAUCAUCCCUGCUGCUUCUGUUGAUGAGUUGACGAAGGUGAAGUAUAAGUUCCUUCAUCACCAACAUCAACUCACUUUACUCUCAUCUGGCAAUCAAAGCCAAGAAGAAGAAGAAGAAGAAGACGAGGAGAACUAUGGAGUGAGAUCGGAAUUGAUGUGUGAUGGGUGCAUCACUCCUAUAUCAUCAUCAUCAUCAAGUAGUAGUAGUAGUAGUAAUAGUAAAUGUUACUACUACUACUACUACAUGAGUUGCAGUGAAUGCAAAUACAAUCUUCACUUGGCUUGCUUUCACUUGCCACCUCAACUCUCCUCACUUCCACUCCACCAACAUGAUGAUCACCAGCUUGUCCUCCGAUCUUGUGACAAACAUCAACCUUGGAACUACGAAACUUGCAGUGUGUGCAAGUAUGGUACGAAUGGGCUGAUUUAUAGUUGCACAGCGUGUGACUUCGAAGUCGAUAUCCAAUGCGCUUGUUUGCCGGAUACCAUACAUCACGCAGCUCACCCGCGACAUCUCCUCAAGCAUGUGACCCAGUCGGAUCUAGGCAGAGAUAUCAACCGAUGGAGCUUGUCGUGUGCAGCUACGUGUGGCCAACACGUAGUCAAUUAUGAUUGUUACAGGUGCUGCAACAGCUCAUGCGAUUUCAUUGUGCAUGUCAGAUGCGCUGUGCUGCUGGCAUCAGUCAGCAGCCGUAGAUGGGACGAGCAACACCCGCUGCUGUUAACGUACGACGCCACUGUCAAUCGUCCUGGCGAUUUCUACUGCGAUCAAUGCGAAACACAAAUGAAUCCCAGGAGUUGGAUGUAUCACUGCCGCGCCUGCGAUGUAUCCUUCCAUCCACGAUGCUUUAUAACUACAUCCGGCUACUAUAGAAACAAGAAGUUUGGGCAGGAAUAUGUGAUCAUUGACGCAAUUCAUCCACACCCUCUCACCUUUCAACUUCUCACCACAAAACGCCACUGCGACAUUUGUCGUCGUAGAAGAUAUGAAAAUCAAGGAUUUUACUGUGCAUUAUGCAACUUCUUCAUUUGUCUCUACGGCUGCGGUAUAAAAAUGAUAAAAAAUGGUGACAUGAAGGCCGUCGAAUGAAUGAUGAUAGGGAUGUUGUGAUAUGAUCAUAUCUAUCAUAUCUCUUAGGAUCUUCUAAUUAUUUAGUUUUUCCUUAUUCACCAUAUCUUUCCCAUAUUUGUUUAGAUAUUUAUUUCUUGUUCAUUAAGUUAGGGUAGUAGUAUUCUAGUAUUAUAAA